AUGACAGCCGGGUGCCCAGUGCGCAUGAGCGAGAAGCACUUGCGCUUUGUGAUUGGUCUGGUGGCUUCUGGGAUCUGUCAUGUGUCCCAGGUACCGCCUUGCCAUUCACAAAAAGCACCGCUUCUUGCGCAUGCGCACUUGGCACCCGGCUGUCAUGCCCAGUGCCCACACUACAGAAGCCGGAAGACAGCGCGCCGCUGGAUAGCGGAACAGGUAAGAUCAAAGAACAAAGAAGCAAAGAGCCGCAUUCAUUUUGGCCGGGAGCCACCCCUGGCAUAGCACUAUUGUGGUGGGUCACACAGCCAUCUGCACUCUAUAGAGUUUUUAUGUUCAAAGUUGCACUGGAUCGCAGACCAG